AUGUUUUAUACAAAAAAGGUAGAAACGAGUGUAAAAUUAAAAACUAAAAGUAGUCUACAGUGCAAAACAAUACAACAACAAAAAUCGUUACGUGAAGUGAAUAGUAAAGUGAGAAACAACAUAAACGCAACAAUUAUCAGCACACUCGACACUAUCACUCAACAUUUGACACUCACAGAAAAUCGUACGUUACCAUUACAGAAGUGGCUGCUGGUCCUUGGUUUGCUAGCAGCGAGUGACCUGAUAGCUAGCGAAGAUCCAAGAUCAAAGAACUCGAAGUUUCAAUUUUCCCAACCACUUGGUUACAAUUCAGCGAAACCGGUUCACAAAUCGAAAAUCCCUUCGUUUCUAUUUGGAAACGAAAAAAACAGCCAAAGACGACAAUUAGGUCAUCAUCUCGGUAAAUUGAGGCAAAGUCUCUCCCAGGCGUUGCCCUUCCAACAAAAAGGAGUUCACGAGGGCGGAUUGGCUCCGCUAUUCCUCAGAGGAAAUGGAAUCAGUUCUCAUCAGGAGGAAAAUUUACCACAGCCAACCAUAAGAACCUUUCUCAGUCAUCUUGAUCAUCACGGACAUCACCACCACUCGGCUCAUCAUCAUAAACAUGGUCACCACCAUCAUUCUAAACACGAUCACAAACACAAACACCACGAUGACCAUCAUCAUCACCAUGGACAUCAUCACGAUCACAAACAUGGACAUCACCACAAAGCCGAUCACAAACACCACCAUGGACACAAACAUCAUGACCAUCAUCAUCACAAACACGACCAUCAUCAGCACCACAAGCACGGACAUCAUCACAAGCAUGGUCACCAUCACCAUGAAGAUCACAAGCAUGGUCAUCAUCACAAACACGGUCAUAAGCACGGCCAUCAUCACAAACACGGUCAUCAUGAGCACCACAAGCACGGACAUCAUCACCACUCGAAACACGAGCAUCAUGAAGAUCAUAAGCACCAUGGUGAACAUCAUCAUCACCACAAACACGCCCAUCACAAUAAACACCAUCAUCAUCACGAUCAUCACCACCACAACGAACAUCAUCACCAUCAUGCCCACAAGGAAACCGAAAGUCACCACCAUCAUCACGGUCACGAGCACAAGGAGGAACACAAACACGAGCACAAGCAAGACCACAAGCAUCAUCAUCACGAGGAACACAAACACGGACAUCAUGAAGAGCACAAACACCACCACCACCAGGAUCAUCACCAUAAACACGGACAUGAACACAAACACGGUCACCAUGAGGAGCACAAACAUGGUCAUCAUCAACAUCAUCAUCACAAACAUCAUGAAGAGCACAAACACGGUCAUCACGAGGAACACAAACACGAGCACAAGGAGGAUCACCAUCAUAAGCAUCACGAGGAACACAAACACGAGCACAAGGAGGACCACCAUCAUAAGCAUCACGAGGAACACAAACACGAGCACAAGGAGGAUCACCAUCAUAAACAUCAUGAACAUCACAAACAUCAUGAACACCAUCAUCACAAACACGGUCAUCAUCACAAACAAGAGCACAAACAUGGUCACGAACACAAACACGGUCACGGUCAUCACGAACACCACAAGCACCACGAGGAUCAUAAACAUCACGAGAAACACAAGCACCAUGGUCAUCAUGGUCACAAACACGGUCACAAUCAUCACAAUCACCACAAGCAUCAUCAUCACGAGGAUCAACAUCACAAACAUCACGCCGGUCAUGAACAUCAUGCAUUCGAGGAACAUCUUAUCCAAGCCAAUGGAAAUUUUGGUGAUCGUUUUCAACCCGACACUGUUUUCCCCGAGGAAAGUACAUCAAUAUGGGUCCUCGGGCUAUUAGCAGCAGCCGGUUUGGCAGCUGGACUAGAUCCAAAAGCGACAAUUCUAGAACCAGCUCAGCCUGUAAUCUUAUCAACAGAACAACCACGAACAAUAAGGCAAUUAAAAACUGAGAAACAAUUCGGUAGUCAUCAAAAAAGACAACUCGAUGACUUCAUUGGCGGUUUUGAUGACAAUUCGCCUCUGGAAUCACCAUCGCAAUCAUUACAACACUUUCGAACAUCAUGGUCAUCAUGGUCAUCACGACCAUCACGAUCAUCACGCUCACCACCAUCACAAACAUGGUCACAAACACGACAACAAACACGAUCACAAACACGGCCACCACCAUCAUCACGGACACAAACACGGUCACCAUCAUCACCACAAACAUGGUCAUCAUCACAAAGGCGACCACAAACACGGUCACCAUCACAAACACCACGACGAUCAUCACCACAAACACGACCACCAUCACCACCACAAACACGGACACCACGAGGGUCACAAACACCACCACGAUCAGCACCACAAACACGACCAUGA